AGGAGAACUAUGAGAAUGUGACCUCACUGGGGUUUCCAGUUUCCAAACCUCAUGUAAUCUCCCAGCUGGAACACGGGGAAGUGCCAUGGGUCCCGGACCUCCAGGGUUCAGAGGAAAGAGAGAUCCUGAGAGUUCCCGGCACAGCAGGUGAUGCAAUGGUAUGUGAGAAAGAGGAGCAGAAUUCUCAGCAGGAAAAUGUUGACCAAAUGGCUAAACACAGAGAAUUAUUGCAAAGAUCGAAAAGGAAUGUGUCCAGACGUCAUGAGCAGGGAAAAUCCUGUGAGAUUCAGCACAGACCAGAAAGAGAGCAAGGAAACCAGCCAGGGGAGAAAAUGGGUAAAUUUAUUUCCUGUCGGGGAACUCAGAAGAGCGUCAAGGAAACCACAACACAGCAGGAAAUCCGCAUGGGAAAGAGGAAAAAUACAUGCACUGAGUGUGGAAAAACCUUCACUUGCAGCUCAGCCCUUUCUGUUCAUCAGAGAAUCCACACAGGGGAGAGGCCCUAUGAAUGCCGUGAGUGUGCGAAAAGCUUCACUAGCAGCUCAGCCCUUUCUAAACAUCAGAAAAUCCACACAGGGGAGAGGCCCUAUGAAUGCUGUGAGUGUGGGAAAAGCUUUGUUACCAGCUCAGACCUUUCUAAUCAUCAGAGAAUCCACACAGGGGAGAGGCCCUAUGAAUGCCGUGAGUGUGGGAAAAGCUUUAUUACCAGCUCAGCCGUUUCUGUUCAUCAGAGAAUGCACACAGGGGAGAGGCCCUUUGAAUGCAGUGAGUGUGGGAAAACCUUCACUUAUAGGUCAGACCUUUCUAAACAUCAGAGAAUCCACACAGGGGAGAGGCCCUAUGAAUGUUGUGAGUGUGGGAAAAGCUUCACUCAUAGCUCACACCUUCUUACCCAUCUCAGAAUCCACACAGGGGAGAGGCCCUAUAAAUGCAGUGAUUGUGGGAAAAAAUUCCUUCACCAGCAGCAGCUUAUUAACCAUCAGAGAAUCCACACAGGAGAGAGGCCCUAUGUAUGCCGUGAGUGUGGGAAAACCUUCAAUCAAAGCUCAAACCUUCUUACCCAUCUUAGAAUCCACUCAAGGAAGAGGCCCUAUACAUGCAGUGAUUUAGGGAAAAACUUCAUUCGCCGCCGGCAGCUUAUUAGCCAUCAGAGAAUGCACACAGGUGUGAGACCCAAUGGAAGCAGUGAGUGUGGGAAAACCUUGUCUUGCCACUGAGCCCAUGUGAGCCAUCAGAGAAUCUGCAAGGGGGAUCAACACCAUAAAACCCUCUAGGGCUAUCAAUACUUUAAUACUUUUCCUGAUUCCCACAUAGUAACUUUUAAAAGCUGUUUGAAGCACCAAUAUCCCCCAGCUUGUCCAGAUGAGUGAGUGACCCAUUUUUGUAUUUUGCAGUUUGACCUCUUUGAGGUGGACUCCUUUGUCCUUUCUAUCAACUCCAUUCUCCCAUGAGUAAUUCGAGUGUGCCCUUCCUAUCAGGAACCAGGGAGCAUCACAUUUAUACCAUUCCCCUAUUGCAAAGUUAUUGUUAGAGUCACCAGUGAUACAGAUUGUAUCAUUGUCAAUUGUUCUCAUGCUGUGCUGAAGAGCAGUUAUAAUGGGAACUUUUCAUAUUACAUUUAAAUGAAGAGGAGCAGGGGCAGGAAAAAAGUGUCGUUUCAGCCUCUGUGAUACUGGAAGGAGAUGUAAAAAGUGACAGAGUCCUGUGGCACCUUAUAGACUAAAAUACAUAUUGGAGCAUAAGCAAUAUACAAAAACC